GUCGAAAUGAGCUGAUAGCCAGAUACAUCAAGCUCCGAACAGGCAAGACGCGGACAAGGAAACAGGUAUCCAGUCAUAUCCAGGUCUUAGCCAGAAGAAAAUCCAGGGAGUUUCAAUCCAAAUUAAAGGACCAGAAUGCUAAGGAGAAGGCUCUGCAGAGCAUCUCCUCUAUGUCCUCCGCUCAGAUUGUCUCAGCCACCGCCAUACACAGCAAGCUCCUGCCUGGAAUAGUACGGGCCAGCUUCCCCAGCAAUGCACAGCUGUGGCAGGGGAUGAUUCCUGGAGGACAGUCCAGCUCUACCACAGAAGACAUCAAGCCGUUCUCUCAGCAAGCCUACUCUGUGCAGACAGCAGGGACCACCACAAUCUCAGGCUACGAGCCUCCCGCUGCGCCCCAAACACACAGAGAGCCGGCGUGGCAGGGUCGCUCCAUUGGCACCACCAAACUACGACUGGUGGAGUUUUCAUCUUUCCUGGAGACACAGAGGGACCAGGAGGCAUACAACAAGCACCUGUUUGUGCACAUCAGCCAGAGCAGCCCGAGCUACAGCGACCCCCUGCUGGAGUGUGUGGACAUCAGGCAGAUCUACGACAAGUUCCCCGAGAAGAAGGGCGGCCUCAAGGAGCUGUUCGGCAAAGGCCCGCAAAACGCUUUCUACCUGAUCAAGUUCUGGGCGGACCUUAAUCACAACAUGCAGGAUGACCCUGGGGCCUUCUACGGUGUCACCAGCCAAUACGAGAGCUCAGAGAACAUGACCAUCACCUGCUCCACCAAGGUCUGCUCCUUCGGCAAGCAGGUGGUCGAGAAGGUGGAGACGGAGUACGCGCGGUUUGAAAACGGGCGCUUCGUCUACAGAAUCAACCGCUCUCCGAUGUGUGAAUACAUGAUCAACUUCAUCCAUAAGCUCAAACACUUGCCUGAGAAAUACAUGAUGAACAGUGUGCUGGAGAACUUCACUAUUCUGCUGGUUGUGAGCAACAGAGACACUCAGGAGACCUUGCUGUGUAUGGCAUGUGUGUUCGAGGUGUCCAACAGUGAGCACGGCGCACAGCACCACAUCUAUCGACUCGUCAAGGAAUAACACACAGACUUACACACAAAUACAAACACACACACACACACACACACACACACACACACACACACACACACACACGGCCUUUGCUUGGUGAUUAAUGGUGACAUUGGAGGUACAAUGGCCAAAAACUGAAUUCUACAAAAGUGUCUUUCAGCCAAACAAUUUGACCUAGUGACGAAGAAGAGAAGGGCUGCCUUUUCAGUGCUGCUCACAAAACAUCACAGCAAUAAUUGGGUAUUUUUUAAUUAACACCAGAUAUGACACAGUGUGUUGCAGAAUCCUCUUCAAGAGGAGCAUUUCAACAAACACAUAUUCACUCCAACCUGAAUAUCAGACGCUCAUUAGCUGCAGAAGCACAGUGGCAGUGCAGCCAUAGACACAUCAGAAUCGACCUGGGUGGUUUCCCCAAGAACAUCCUGACUCUGAUAUCACCAGGAGAUGCCAUGUCUCCUGCUAAUUGGUUUCUUCCCCUCUUUCUACCAGUAAAUGUGGAUUUGGCUUGCUUGAUGGUGGAAAUGAAAGUCUUAUUUCUGUCACAUGCUUUUGGGAAAAUCAACCCAGGAUGGAAGAAAGACAUCUCACAAUCUUUGCCCCCUGUGACAAAAGUGUGUGUGUGUGUGUUAUCUGCCAAGUACUGACGGACACUGAAGGUCAGACCCUGUGUAUCAUCAAUAACUAGAGAAGGAAAUAACACUACUGCAUUAUCAUAUAGUACAAUAUAGAGGUGGCUUUGUACAGAUAGCCACUGCAAAUUGUGUGAGUAGCAUUCUUGCACAAAAAAAGAGGUUGUGUCCCAAAGAAAAGAAUCAAAUUUUUACCUUUUUCUAUGUUUUCUUUAAAAAAAAAAAAAAAAGAAUAGCUUCUAAACUUUGGGAAAUUGUUUAUUGAUAGUAGCAUAUAGACUAUAUUUUAAUUCCAGGAACACUAUCUAAAAUGUAUGUUAAUAAGAAAUUAUAAGUGAAAUUGAAGAAUUCAGGUACCUUAUUGUGCAACAAGUGACUCUUCAUCAUGAUUGAAUAAAUAAAUCAGCAUGUUAAAGCUAUAAUCGGUAAGAGUUCAGUCCUGGCUUAUUUGGCGAUCAUUGUCAGCACUAACCCUGGUGACAAAUACAUUACGCUCUCUGUGACUGUUUCACAAUAAAAGCCACGCUGUGUUUCCUCAGUUGAAGGCUUUUAAUAUGAAGCAACAUCAGUAAGGAAAGGCUGGGUUAGCAGACAUGGAUUGUGUCCAUUGGCCAUUUGAAUCUGGGGCGGGAAUGGCGGACGCCACUGACAAUGAAUACUACCAUAUUGAGGUGUAACUACAACAUUUAAAUAUAUGGAAUGGCUAAUGCUGAAAAAUAAUGCAGAGGGUUUGAUUUCAUGAUAAUCUAAUUUUAAAUAUUAAAUGUAUCGUGGUCACACCAUUGGGAAGCACUGUGAAUCUUUAAAACAUCAUUCAUGGUGUACAAAGGAAGGAAACCUUUCACACCUGUGAUUUUUCUGAUCAGGUUUCACUUUGCAAAUUAAACUUAGCUUAGUUCAAUAUUCUUGCACCAGCUAACUUGAGCUUUAACAUGUCCAUAUUGACAAAAAUGUUCAAGCCUGAAAUGUUAUUACGUCCAUAUUUAAAUUGAAGAUCACCCUGACCAGAAGCCUUGGCACCUGUUUUACAUUUAGAGCGUUGUCCAUGUCAGGACAGCUCGUUCAGCACUCUGUUUUUAACUCUGGAAAACAUAGUAGUUUAAGACACAGUUACCUUUAUCAGUUCAGGACUGGUUUCUACCAGUUAGAUAAAGAUAUGUCAGAAUUAAAGUAAUUUAUGAAUCAAAAACCAAAAACUGUUGAUGAAGUGUACUGUAGCAGGUGACGUUUGGUGGUUUGUCUGUGUCAUGCUCAGCAGCAUGAAGUGCCUUUGGUUGGGAACAGCAGUAGACAUGUCUAAUCUGUUUUACACAGGUCCUGAUAAUUUGGUGUUGUAGAUGGUGUAUAGACGGGCAAUUUUAGUGAAUAUAAAGAAUGCAUAAUUAAGUACAGUGGGGGAAAAAAGUAUUUGACCCCUUGCUGAUUUUGCAGGUUUGCCCACUUACA